AUGGUUGGAACAACAAAAACUCCAAUUAAAAGGACUGCUCAAUCAUCAGUUUCACCAUCCUCCAGAGGGCAGCCAAAGCCAAAAAAAUCCAGGUUAAGGACGUCAAAGACUAGUAAAACAUUUGCAGAUGAACUUUUGGCACUUCAGAUUUCCGAAGGAAAUCCAAAAAUGUUUGAUGAAAAAAUAGAAAAAUGUUUAAAGAAUGAUCAAAUGAAUAGUGCCAUUUUUUGGGCUGAUAAAAGUGGACCAAUGUUUAGAGAUAUUGCACAAUUUGUAAGAACUCUUUCUGCUGCUCAAUGUUGGAUGAGGAUUUCAGAUUAUCUUACAUCUCAAGAUUGUAUAUUUUCACAUCUUGCUUUGACAUAUUAUUAUGUUAACUCAUUAUGGCAUCAAAAUAUGCAUAAUGAAAUUGUUCUGUUACCACUUGCUCUUAUUGGAAAAUGGGAAGGUGUUCCAGAGGUUUCUUUUGAACCACAUGUAACAAAAUACAAAAAAGAAUCAUACUAUCCAACUGCUGAUGACAAAACUGCAUUAGAUAAAAUGGUUAAAGAAUAUGAUUUAGAGGCAGCUUUAUUACUUUUAUUAGCUAAGGCAUGUUUUUUAAAUUGCCUAAAAUUAGAUAUUUGUUGUUAUGAAGCAUGGGAUUUUGUUCUUAAAUAUCAUCUUUUAAAAAGAGAAGAAAUUGAUAAAUUACUAAGUGAUAUCCCUGAUAAUUGCCCAGAUAUUAUUGAGGUAAUGCGAAUAUAUGUGGAAUCUUAUCAAAAUCAACCACCAGUAAGGCCUAUAAAUGAUUUUGAAUUUGGAAUCAUUGAUGAAAAUGAUUGGUAUGCAAUGAGAUUAUUUGGUCCACAAAAAGAAAAGAAAUGGCUUCAAUUGAAUGCACCACGACCUGGAAAUGCCAGAGAUGGUCAAUUAAGAUAUACAAAACCUAAAAAAGCUGAUAGAAAAGAUUCUACUUCAAUAUUAGAAAAUCCUGCAUUAAAAGAAAGAUUGUCUAAAAAUCAAAAAGCAUUAAGAAUUCAUGAUAAAUUAGCUGGGGAUGUAGAUAUGAUAACGAUAAAAGCAAUGAAAUAUUAUAAUGCUGGUGAGAAUCAAAGAUGUUUAGAGAUAACUCAGGAAUUAUAUAACAAAUACGGUUUUAAUUCAUUUUUUUUUCUCCUUCAUUUAGCUGUAUUAACAGAAAUGAAAAAAAGUGAACAAUUAUUUGUUAUUUCUCAUGAGCUAGUAGACAAAUGUUCUGAAGGUGAAGUUGCAUGGUAUGCAGUGGGAUGUUAUUAUAUUUCAAUUGAACAAUAUUUUGCUGCUAAACAAUAUUUUAAUAAGGCAAUUCUAAUGAAUCCAAAUUUUGGUGAGGGAUGGAUGGCUAUGGGUCAUGCAAAUUCUUUAGGUGGAGAACAUGAACAAGCAUUAAAUUGUUAUUUUAGAUGUCAUAGAUUAUUAGAAGGUUCCUGGGAACCUUUAAUGUAUAUUGCUGUUCAACAUAUGAAAACUCAUAAUUUAUGUUUGUCUCAAAAUUUUUUAAAAGAUGCUAUGCGAUUAUCACCUGGAAAUAUAAUGAUUUUAAUAGAAGAUGGUGCAAUGCAUUAUAGUAAAGAUUUAUUUGAGGAUCUUGAAAGGGCUAUGUAUAUUUGGACACAAGCUUUACAUAUUGUAAUGGGAAAUCCAGAUGGUCCAUCAAAGUUAGAACAUACAUAUUUAAGAGGAUAUCUUGAUUCUCCAAUAUCCCCAAGAUGGGAAGUAUUAUUAAAUAAUCUUGGACAGGUUUGUAGACGACUAUGUCGUUACAAAGAGUCAGUAUUGUUUCAUAGAAAGGCAAUAUCAAUGGAAUGUAGAGAUGUAUCAAAUUUAGUUUCAAUGGCAUUGAGUUAUGCUGGAUUACGAAAAUUUGAAAAAGCAUUAGAUCUUCUUCAUGAAGCUGCAACAAUUACACCAAGUGGAACAGCACAAAGUGGUAUAGCUGUCAGUUGUAUUGAAGCAAUAGUCCCAUACUACUUAUAUGAUGCAGGUGUUGAAAAAGACUUAAAAAUACAAUUUUAA